AUGAAUUCUAAUUCGAAUGAUGAUGCUUUAUCUGUGUUCAUCCCUGAUGACGUUAUAGAAGAUUGUUUGAAUGAAUGGAGAUUCAGUCUGAUCGGGAGAUUGGAUUUGGUCAAAUUGAAGAUGGAAACAGUUGAAACAUCUUUGAGGAAGCAAUGGGUUGUUAAAGUGCAACAAAUUCUUGAAGUUAGUUCUAAUGCUCCUUCUAUGAACAAUGUGAUUCAAGUUACUAAACAUGUUAUUGCUCCAUCACAACAUAGAGUUACUCAAGUAUUAUCAAUGGAGGAAAAAAAGGGAGGUACAAAUCCUUUAACUACUUCAAUGUUAGAGUUCAUUAACUGCAUUCAGAACUAUGAAAUGAUCCAAGCUCCAAAAACAGGAUUAGAGUUUUCAUGGUGCAAUAAUAGAUCACGGAAGAAGAUAAUAGCGUGUAACCUGGAUAGAGCUUUUUAUAAUGCACAAUGGUUAAAUUUUUAUCCUAGUUGGGGAUAUAAAGUGGGAACAAGAGGCACUUCAUAUCAUAGUCCUCUUUUUGGAACAAAUGCUACAAUUCCAAAACCAACAAAUGUUCCAUUUAGAGCUUUAAAAGUAUGGAUGUCUCAUAAAGAUUUAAAAAAAGUCAUUGAAGAAGCCUGGAAAACAGAAGUGAGAGGUAAUCCAAGUUUUAUCUUUUUAACAAAACUUAAGCAUAUCAAAGUAAUAUUGAAAAGGUGGAAUUGGGAAGUUUUUGAAGAUGUGAAUCAAAAAUUGAAGAAAGUUAAUGAAGAAGUUUUGAAACAAUCUCUUAUCUCAGAUCAGUCUCCCCAUAAUACAUCACUUCUGAAUAAAUUAGUUAAUGCUAGAGGAGCUCAAGAAAUAUUAACUCAACAUAAGCAAGAAAUAGAAAGACAGAAAGCUAGAGUGAAGUGGCUUAAGUUUGGUGCUGCCAACACAAAAUUCUUCCAUGUAAAUAUAAAAAUAAGGAAAAUGCACAAUGAAAUUGUGGAGUUGGAAAAAGAUGAUGGUGAGCUGAAUGAAGACAAUAAAAAACUUGAAGCUAUUCCUUCUGCAGCUGAAAUAAAACAAGCAGUUUUUGAUCUGGAUCCAAAUAGCUCUCCUGGUCCUGAUGGAUUUGGUGGUUGGUUCUAUAGAAUGGCUUGGGAAAUUCUAAGUGAAGACUUUAUUAAGGCUAUACAAUAUUGUUGGGACAAAGAAUUCAUUCUAGCAGGCCCAGUAGGUUACUUUGAUGUUAGUAGAGGAUUAAGGAAGGGAGAUCCUCUUUCUCCCAUCCUUUUUGUUAUAGCUGAAGAUGUUUUAAGCAGAAGAUUAACUUCACUAGUGAUGCAGGGUAAACUGAAACCAAUGUUACAAAGAAAUGGAGUGCACCCAACACAUAUAAUGUUUGCAGAUGACAUAUUCCUCUUUUGUAAUGUUGAAAAACGAAAUUUGAAAAGUUUAUUACAAAUUCUUGAAGAGUAUCAAAAAGCAUCAGGUCAAGAAAUAAAUCUUUCAAAGAGCAAGUGUUUUGUAGGGGGUACAAGCAAUGCAAGAAAGAAUCAGUUGGCAGAAGUUUGUGGUAUGAAUUUAUCAAAUUUCCCAGAUAAAUACUUGGGUGUUAUGUUAACUCCAGUGUACAAAUGGACAAUAAAAGUUCUCAAGGAAAGUGACAAAAUCAUAAGAAACUUUCUAUGGUCUGGAGAUCCAUCAUUCAAGAAGACAGUUGCAUUGAAAUGGGAGAAAACUUGUGCUCCUUUAGCUGAAGGUGGUUUGGAUUAUAUUGACAAAUAG